GGCAGUGUGUUUCUCUGCCCCCUCUCUACACCCUCACCAUCCCACACGAGUUUUGCAAAUUGACAGUCCAUCACAGUAAGCCAGCAUGGCAGAAGCGCACCAGGCGGUGGCGUUCCAGUUCACGGUGACGCCCGAUGGCAUCGACCUGCAGCUGUGUCACGAGGCGCUACGGCAGAUAUACCUCUCCGGAAUACACUCGUGGAAGAAGAGGUUCAUACGCUUCAAGAAUGGCAUCAUGACAGGUGUGUACCCGGGGAGUCCUACAGGCCUGAUGGUGGUGCUAGUGAGCUACAUGUCCUCAACGCAGUACGCCAAGAUGGACCCCACACUCGGCCUCUUCACAAAGCUCAGCGCACACCUGCCUGUCAGUAAGUACAUGUCAGACGACAGCCAGCGGGUGGUGGGCGGCGUCCUGGUGGGCACGGGGCUGUGGGUCACCGUCAUCUUCAUCAUGAGGAACGUGCUCAGGUGCCUGCUGUCCUGGCACGGCUGGAUGUACAACAAGCACGGACACAUGAGCGUCACCUCCAGCAUAUGGAUGUUCCUGGUGCGGGUCUUCUCUGGGAGGAAGCCCAUGCUGUACAGCUUCCAGAGCGCUCUGCCCCGCCUCCCCGUACCAGCUGUCAAGGACACCAUGCAACGGUACCUGGAGUCGGUGCGGCCCCUGAUGGACGAUGAGCAGUACAGCAGGAUGGAGGGGCUGGCUAAGGACUUUGAGAGGAACCUCGGACCCCGUCUGCAGUGGUACCUAAAGCUCAAGUCCUGGUGGACUUCCAACUACGUGACUGACUGGUGGGAGGAGUACAUCUACCUGAGAGGAAGAGGACCAAUCAUGGUCAACAGCAACUACUACGCCAUGGACUUCCUCUACGUGUUCCCCACCCAUCUCCAGGCAGCGCGGGCAGGUAAUGCCAUCCACGCCAUCAUGCUCUACAGGAGGAAACUCGACCGUGCGCAGAUCAAACCGCUCAUGCUUCUAAACACAGUCCCCAUGUGCUCGGCCCAGUACGAACGCGUCUUCAACACCAGUCGCAUUCCAGGGGUCGACACAGACACCAUCCAGCACAUGGCGGAGAGUAAGCACAUCGCCGUGUUCCACCGCGGACGCUUCUUCAAGGUCUACGUGUUCUACGACGGACGCCUGCUGUUGCCACGGGAGAUAGAACAACAGAUGGAGCGCAUCCUCGCAGACAAGUCAGAACCACAGCCUGGAGAACACAACCUGGCAGCACUUACAGCAGGAGAAAGAGUGCCGUGGGCCAACGCGCGUGACGAGCAUUUCUCUCGGGGCCGCAACAAGCAGUCUCUGGACGCCAUCGAAAAGGCGGCCUUCUUCGUGACGCUGGACGACUCGGAGCAGAAGUACGACACGGCCAACCCCGUGGAGUCCCUCGACAGCUACGCCAAGAGCCUGCUGCACGGCAAGUGCUACGACAGGUGGUUUGACAAGUCCUUCAACCUCAUCGUGUUCAAGAAUGGAACCAUGGGUCUGAAUGCAGAACACACGUGGGCUGACGCCCCCAUCGUUGGACAUCUGUGGGAGUGUGUGUUGUCUAUGGACCCCGUGAAGCUGGGCUAUACAGAGGACGGCCACUGCAAAGGGAACCUGCACCCUAACCUGCCCGGACCACAGAGGCUACAGUGGGACAUCACAGAGGAGUGCCAGAAUGUGAUCAGCAGUUCGCUGGGUGUUGCCACGGCGCUGGCCAAUGACUGUGAUUGCCACAUCAUCCCCUUCAGCGACUUCGGAAAGGGACUCAUCAAGAAAUGUCGCAUCAGCCCAGACGCCUUCAUACAGAUCGCAUUGCAGCUAGCACACUUCAGGGACAAGGGUAAGUUCUGCCUGACGUAUGAGGCCUCCAUGACCCGUCUGUUCCGUGAGGGUCGCACAGAGACCGUCCGCUCCUGCACAGUGGAGACCUGCGCCUUCGUACGAGGCAUGAUGAGAGAUGAGACGAGAGAAGAGCGCUUGAAGCUCCUAAAGGAGGCCGCUGAGAAGCACCAGAACAUGUACCGUCUGGCCAUGACAGGGGAGGGCAUCGACCGCCACCUCUUCUGCCUCUACCUAGUCUCCAAGUACCUGGGGGAGGAGUCGCCAUUCCUCAAGGAGGUGCUGUCUGAGCCAUGGCGAUUGUCCACCAGUCAGACUCCGCUGCAGCAGGUGGAGCUCUUUGACCUGAAGAACCACCCAGAGUAUGUCAGCAGCGGGGGAGGCUUCGGCCCGGUGGCUGAUGAUGGCUAUGGAGUGUCCUAUAUCAUCGUUGGGGAGGACCUGAUCAACUUCCACAUAUCCAGCAAGAAGUCCAGCCCAGAGACAGACUCUCAUCGUUUCGGCGGGAAUAUCAAGCAGGCAAUGCUGGACAUCCUGAACCUCUUCCAGCUCGACAAGAAGAACGCCAAGUGAAAAGAGAGAGAGAGAGAAAGAGAGAGAGAGAGAGAUGAUGAUGAUGAUGAUGAUGAUGAUGAUGAUGAUGAUGAUGAUGUUGAGAUACAAAUGAGGAGAUAUAUAGAGAGAAAGGGGGAAUACUCUCUCACCCUGUACAGAAACGCUGUUGGAUUUUUAAUUUAUACAAUUCAAAUAAUUCUAUCAAGGAAAGGUAACUAGGGAAAUAUGUGAAGCUUUUCUUCAUGAUGAAUGUUUGAUACAUGCACUUGCCUGUUUCAUGUAUGCCUUUACAUACGUAGGUCCGAUUCAUGUUUGCCUUUACAUUCGUAGGGCUGUUUUGUUGUUCUGGAGGGGGGGACAGGGGGAGUGGAGGGGUGUCAUCCCAGGGAGAAGACAGGAGAAGAGGGAGAUGAGAGGAAGAGAGAGAGAGGAAGAGAGAGGCGAGAGGAGAGAGUGGCCUCAGAAGAGAGGGUGAGGAGAGAUGUGUCGGAACAGAGAAAGAGGGAGGAGAGAGGGAGAGGGAGAAGAGAGGAGGAGAGGGUCUGGUCUGCUCUCAGAAGAGAGGUGUGUGCAUGUUGUAAAGCUCUGGGCUGAGUUGUGCCUAAAAGUGUGUCGAGCGCCACUGGAGACCCCCCCUGAGACAUACGCACAUGUCCCUCUGGAGACACACGAGGCCUUGUUAUUAGUGAUAUAAUGAUGUCAUCAUCACCCCUGAGACAGCCGUCCUCUCGUAGCUGCUAGCGGCUUCUGGCCUUGCUGCUGGACUCAUUAUAGGCAUUAUUUCUCACCAGUAGCAGCUAGACUCCCAGUGAGGCGGACGAGUGAGUGGUUACUGUAGUGACUGUACUGCACUGCUUGUGUUUGUGUGUUUGUGUCUUGUCUUCUCUCAGGAGUUUAACACUGAGCAGCCGCCUAACGCCUCAUCAAGCUCCGUUGCC